ACAAAAUGACACGAGAUUACAAGCCUGGGGACCUAAUUUUUGCCAAGAUGAAAGGUUAUCCUCACUGGCCUGCAAGGGUCGAUGAACUUCCUGAUGGCGCAGUUAAGCCUCCGUCAAGUAAAAUGCCUAUUUUCUUUUUUGGAACCCAUGAAACAGCUUUUUUGGGACCAAAGGACAUGUUUCCAUAUGAAGAAAAUAAAGAGAAGUAUGGCAAACCCAACAAACGAAAGGGAUUCAAUGAAGGUUUAUGGGAGAUAGAUAACAAUCCCAAAGUUAAAUUCUCAACUCCUCAGAAUAUUUUGUCUCUUGCCGAUGCUGUUGAAGGGGAUGAAGAAGAUGCACAGGAAAUUUUAGAAGAACCUGGGGAGCAGUCACUCCAAAAAAAACGGAAGAUUUUAACAUCAAAGACUUCCAGCAAACAUUCUGACUCCAGUGGUCUUGGGUCACCAGAAAAAGAUCUCAAUACUUCAAAGGAGGACAGUAGUGACCAACUUGGCAGUGAAGAUGGACCAACUAAUUCACCUGUUAAAAACAAGCGAGGCCGAAAGAAGAAGGUGGAUAUUUUGGCUGAAGCUGAGCGUAAUGCAAGUCCUUUAGCAAUAGAUCAACUAAAGCCAAGUCCCAAGAGAGGCAGACCAGCUUCCACAGAACCCAAAGUGCCUAAACCAAGAGGAAGACCAAGGCUGAAGCCACUACCUACUUCACCAGAUCGUGAAAUAACUGAUCAAGAAGAUCAAGUAAAGAAGAAAGCUCUAGAAAAAUCACCAAAACAGCUACUUUCUAGAAAGGAUGAUGAAGCAACAAAGGAAAAUGAUGACAAACCGCAAAAAGAGACCAGCAAAAAAGAAGUUGAAACGAAAAAAAAGGUUACUGGAAAAGUUGAUUCAGCUUCCCAUUCAGAAUCUGAAGAUGAAGUGGAAGAGGGAAAGCAGAAAGGCAAGGUUGGCAGACCUCCCCAGGCUGCUCUAAAGCGUGCAGCAAAGCCUGUGCAAGAAAAGGAAGUUGCUGAUAAGAAAAAGAAACUAGAAGAUACUGUGGAGGCAGAAAGCCACUGUAAGGAGGAAACUAAAAAAGCAGACGUUAGGAAAUUUGACAAGAAAAAAGAAACCUCCAUUGAUGCUAGGCUUCAAAGGAUACAUGCAGAAAUAAAGUCGUCUUUAAAGCUUGACCACCAGGAUGUAAACAGAUGUAUUAUCGCUUUGGAUGAGCUGGCUUCUCUCCAGAUCACCAUGCAACAUGCUCAGAAACACACAGAUAUGAUCACUACUCUAAAAAGGAUUCGUCGGUUCAAAGCCAGUCAAGUUGUAAUGGAGAAGGCCUCUAUGCUUUACAACAAGUUCAAGAACAUGUUCCUUGUUGGAGAAGGAGACUCUGUAAUAACUCAGGUUCUUAAUAAGUCUUUAGCAGAACAGAGACAGCAGGAGGAAGCCAAUAAAUCAAAGGAUGUAGGAAAGAGAGCGCCUCACAAGAAGCCAGAGAAAGAACCAAGCUCAGAUACUAAAGCGGUUAAUGGUGGCCGGGAAGCACAGGACCAAGCACAACAGAAUAGAGACAGUGGUGAGGAAAAUGAUGGCAAAGAAGACAAGACAACAAAACGGUCGACGGUUGGAUCGAAAGCGGCAGAGCCCAACAAGCAAAUAAGUGACGAUUCAGCCUCUGACAACUAAUAUGGGAAGAAUACUUGGUUUUUUGAAGGAACAGUUUGCUAGUCUUGCAACAAACCCAUUUGACUGCUGAGUUUUAAAUACUUUUAUAUAUUGGCAUUUUGGAAUGUGACAGUUGUGUUAUGGAGGCAAGACAUGUUAUUUGGCGAGGAGUUAUUCAGUGUUAGCUAGAUUUCUGUCCUAGUUCCUCAUCUGUUCAAUUUAGUCCGUUAAUAUCCUCUGUGGUUAAACUUCCUUCCUGUAAUUAUGUGCAGACAGUUAAGGUGUAUUUAUAUGGUUCAAUACACUAACUCAGCGUUUUGCUUAUGUGUCAAUAUAUUUAUGGCCUUUCAUACCCCCAUCUCAGAGCAGCUGAUGUCAAACAAUGUUUCCUAAAUACAAGCAGUGCGUAUCAUUUUCAGUAUUUACCUCUGGUGACAGUAGUCACUUUAUGGGCCUGUUAUCAGAGUCUGCAAGCGUGGGGAAAUCUCCCCAAUGGGGUCACAGAAAGCAAUAAAACAAAAAUACAGGUUCUAACCCUUAAGCAAAAUGUGUACUGAAAACGUGAAAACAAACGGAAAAAUUAUCCUUUUUUGGGGGUACUUGCAAAGCAGAGUUAGGAAAUGCUGAACCUCUCAUCAGAGAUGCUACUGAAAACUGGUAAUAAAGUUCACAUUUCUAAAAGUAAAAGGACGUGGCUUCUGGUAAGGUAUGUUAUGAGCAAAAGGUAUACAAACAAAUGACAGCAAAAAUGUCAGUAUUCUUUAUGGGCAAUAUAACAGUCCAGGUAGUGUUAGACUUUAGCACUGUUGGUCUUCUUGAUAGAUGGAGAUACUUGUGGCCGUUUUGCAUCAACAUUACCUGCUGGAUUCUCAGAGUUAAAUGAUAGCACAGAAGCAGGAAACCAUUACCCUAUGCUGAAAUCUAGAUGAUACGUUUAUCAUGUUGAUUUGGGGGAAGGUGGCUUACACACAGGACUGGACAGGUUGAAUCCUCAUAAAAACCCACGAUAAACAGUUUUCCCCUCCAUUACUCAGAUAAGAAAAGAAAGUGGAAGCAUUUUGGGGCAUAAACAAAGUAAUGCUUUGUUUUAUUCGGGUACAAGUGACCAAAAGGCGAUGGGAAAAAUGGCCAGUCUCGAAUAUAAGUUUUUACUUUGCAGUGCCACUUUGUGCAUUCAGUUUUUCAAUAUAGCUCUGUUUAGUAUAUCAUAAACCAGUUUUUCCAUACUAUUUAUCGAUGCAAAAAAUAAGGCUGUACUCUAAAAUCAUUUCUAGCUUUUAAAGUAGCACACAGUGUCAUUGUUAACCAAUACAGCCAGUAUUUCUUCAUAUGAUUUUGCUAUAUAUUUGUGGACCUGAUAAAGUAAACUGCUUGUGAGGGGAAAAAUGGGAGUCUGCCAUUGAUGACUUCUGAAAGUACAACUUUUUGUACGUUUUUAGUUGCUGACCGGGCACAAGUAUGCAGUACCUAAGGAGUGAUGCCCCUCUUAAAGAGAAAGUAAACCUUGACAGGUUUUACUUGCUCUUUAUUCCCCUGCAAAGUAAAAGCAUAAUGGGCUAGCAGUAUGCAUCGCAUACUAAUAUAGCCCAUUAUGUGGCACUAACCUGCAAAGGAAGCCUGUGGCGUCACUCCCGCACUUGCAUGUCGGCGUCCCUAGUCACGGCACACGAUGGGGAAGUAACAUCAGAGGACCGUUUCUUCACUGCGCAUGUGCAGAUGACAUCAUUGGGGCAGUGUACAUAAAAUAUCUCCUAAACGGCACAUGUUUAGAAGAUCUUUUCAGUACAUAUAGAUGAGCCUUAUUAUAGGCUUACCUAUAUGUAAAAAAAGGUCGGGUGGAUAACAACCACUUUAAAGCUGCUCAUUCACAGAUUGAUCAUCCACACAAUUUUCAUGUCAGACAGGGGAGCCCACACGCAUCGAAAUUCAUCAUGUACGUGGCCAGAUUUACUUUCGUGAUCCGAAUACUUGUUCCAAGUCAGUGCCUAGAAAAGUAUUGAUUUCAUUGAAAGGUGCACAAUUUUAAAAAGUCAACUAUGGCAGCCACCAUAUUUGUCACAUUACAGGUUUUCUGUCGGGGUAAGGCAGUUUAAUGCUUUGAUAUUCUAGUUUGAAGUACAGUACAUACACUAGAAGAAAU